AUGGAGGAUAAGAAUCAGACAGUAGUGACUGAAUUUCUUUUCUUGGGCCUCACAGAUCAUCUCCAACAGCAGAUUAUUCUCUUCAUUCUGCUUCUCUUUGUUUAUCUCAUGACACUGUGGGGUAACCUGGGAAUGAUCACAUUGAUACUGACUGAUUCUAGACUCUGCACUCCAAUGUACUUUUUUCUUAGCCACUUGUCCUUUGUUGAUAUUUGUUCCUCUUCUUCCAUUGCCCCAAAGAUGCUGUGUGACAUCUUUGUGGAGAAAAAAGGCAUCUCCUUCCUGGGUUGUGCUGCACAGAUGUGGUUCUCUGGUCUCUUUGUGGCAACUGAGUGUUUCCUCUUGACUUCCAUGGCAUAUGAUAGGUAUGUGGCCAUCUGUAAGCCCUUGUUGUACACACUUAUUAUGUCCCAGCGCAUCUGUGUGCAGCUAGUGGUAGGGCCUUAUGCUAUUGCUUUUAUGAGCACCGUGACCCAUACAACAUUGACUUUUUGCUUACCCUUCUGUGGUCCAAAUAUCAUCAAUCACUUUUUCUGUGAUAUUUCACCACUGCUCUCCCUGGCAUGUGCAGACACCUGGAUCAAUAAGUUGGUGCUUUUUGUCUUGGCUGGAGCUAUAGUAGUUCUGAGUGGUCUGAUCAUUAUGGCCUCCUAUGUUUGUAUCCUGGUAGCCAUCUUGAAGAUCCAGUCUGCUGAUGGGAGGUGGAAAGCCUUCUCCACGUGUUCAUCUCAUCUGGCAGCUGUUUUUAUCCUAUAUGGGACCCUUUUCUUUAUUUAUGUUCUGCCUAACUCAAGUUCCUCCCUAGAUAUCAAUAAAGUGAUUUCCCUGUUUUAUACCUUGGCAAUCCCCAUGUUGAACCCCAUCAUUUACAGCCUGAGAAAUGAACAGGUAAAAGAUGCAUUCAGGAGGAAGUUUGAAAGAAAAAAAAAACAUUCUAUUGCAUAGGUAAAAUGGAAUUCAAUUUGAAUUGUACCAUAGGUGUUGAUGCAGAAUGUGUAGUAAAAAGAUCAUGGACCGGGGACUGGAGACUGCAUGUAAAUCCUGGUCCUGCCAAUUACCAGAUAAUUUAAAAAAUGAACAAAAUAAUAUUGAGGUGGAUUAAGACUAUAAAUGUCAAAAUAUGCUAGAAGAAAACAUAAGUGAAUAUUUGUAUAAUCUUAGGCAAAUACUUUUUAAACCAGACAUGAAAGCUAGAAGUUAUAAAGAAAAUAUCAAAGUACCACAAACAAUAUUAAAGUACAAGUCAUAAAACAAGAGAA